UUACUAUUGCAUGUUCCGUUGGUCGUCCUAGUGAGAUCGUUGAGAACCUGUGGUCGACAUAUCAACACGGCAAUCAUCUGCUUAUCAAGUUUUUGAAAACAUCAACAUAAGCAGACUAGCAAGUUGACUGAACUAAACCGAAACAAACUUUCAUUUCAUCAGCAUGCCGCCAACAACAAGUCCUCCGGCGCCAGCUGUUCAACAGAACCCCAUUAAGCCGCCACCCCCAGGAAGUCUUCCGAUGGGUCCACCGCCUGGAGCUCCUUACAACAUGCCGAUGACACCGCCGACGACCCCGGGCCAGCCGCAUCAGCAAGGGCCUUAUCAAGUUCCGUAUGGUCCCCCUCGUCCCCAAGGCCCUCCUGGUCAACCGCCUAUGAAUUAUCCUGCUCAAGGACCACCUCCACGAUACCCUGGGCCUCCAGGCCCUCCAGGCCCUCCAAUGCAAAGACCUCCAGGACCACCUGGCCCGCCAGGACAACCUGGUCAACCGCCGAUGCAAUAUCCUCCGAGAUAUCCAGGUCCGCCGGGUCCGCCAGGCCAACCAGGCCAACCAGGCCAGCCUCCGAUGCAAAGGCCACCCUAUCAAUAUCCUCCCUAUCCACCACCUGGACAACAACCGAUGCAACAGAGGCCUCCGGGACCACCUGUUCAAGCUCCAAUGUAUCCUCCAAGACAAGGUGGACCUCCACCCCAAGGACAACCAGGAUACCCUCCUCAAGAUCCGCGAAUGCAAAUGUAUCCCUACGGAGUCCCACCGCCUCCACGUCCUCAAGGGCCACCACCACCACCUUCGGGUCCCCCAGUAAUUACUAUAACUGAAGCACCUAAAGCUGAUGAAGAGAAGAAAGACGAUGCGAAAAAGACCGAAGAGAAAAAAGCUGAUGCGAAAAAGACCGAAGAGAAAAAAGCUGAUGCGAAAAAGACCGAAGAGAAAAAAGCUGAUGCGAAAAAGACCGAAGAGAAAAAGGCUGAUGCUAAAAAGGCUGAAGAGAAAAAAGACGAUGCCAAAAAGCCUGGUGAGAAAAAAACCGAAAGUGGAAAAGUUAGCGACAAAAAAGCUGACGAGAAAAGUGUUGGCAAAACUGUUGAGAAGAAAAGUGAUGACAGGAAACCAACGGCAAAAGAAACCGAGCCUGGAAAAUCUGAACCGGGUAAACCAGUCAGUGUUCAGAAAACUCAAUUUAAACCGAAAUCUCCUAUGAACCCUGUUGCAAAGUCAGAAAAACCACAAGCAGGAAAAUACGGUUAUAAUCCAGUUGGUGGUCCACCGCCUUCACCAAAGAAAAGCAAGGUGCCAGCAGGUCAAACACAAUCCAAGAAAGAAGAGCCGAAAACGACUGGCAAAUAUGGCUAUAAUCCUGUUGGAGGUCCACCUCCCUCACCAAAAAGGUCAAGACCACCACCAGUUGUUCAGCCAGCGAAAAAACAAGAAACUUCUACUGCUGGAAAAUAUGGUUACAAUCCAGUCGGUGGAACUCCGACAUCACCUAAUAUCGUAAAAUCAUCUGUAGUUCCGCGAAAGCAUAACUAUGUUCCUCCAACUAGUCCAAUCUCCUUUAUACCGACAGCGAAACCUCCUGUUACGAACACCGGUGAAAAGCCGCGACAAUUUGGUUACAAACCCGUCGGCGGGCCUCCGCUUUCCCCCAAAGCCACGCACACUUCUUUCCAACCGACUAAUGUAGAGAUCGUUAAAGGAACUGAUCCUAGAAAGUCAAGAUCCCAAGAACCAACUAGACCACCUCCGAAAAAAGUGGUUCCACCACCAACGAGACCUCCACCGAUUACAGACCCAAAGAAAGCCCCACCUCCAAGACAAAGCGGGCCAGCGACUAAACAAAGUGCGCCAGCAUCAAAACAAGGUGUACCAGCUUCAAAACAAACUGCGUCAGCUUCAAGACAAAGUAUGCCGGCACCAAAGAUUGAAGUUAUUGAGAAAAAACCUGAACCAAAGAAAAGUGAGCCGGCAGUUUCGAAAAAACCUGCACCGGAAGCAUCAUCUAAACCAACAGACAAACCACCCCAGGCUACGGUAACCAAAGAAAAAAAAGAAGAGAAGUUGGAGCCAAAACCUGCCGAAAAACCGGCGGAAGCGAUAGUGUCAAAAUCAGAAGAAAAACCGAAAACAGUAUCAAAAGAAGACAAAAAAGUAGUUGAAAAAGAGAAGAAAACUGAAGAUGUACCGGCUGAUAAAAAGGAGGAAGCUACUGGCAGGAAAGACACUUUUCGUGCUUCCAGAGUAAAUGAAACACUUACCAGUCAUUACCAAAAACAUUUAAUUGACUAUAUAGAUACGGACGGCGCGAAACUUUUCUGCUUUAAGGUUUUAGCUUUACUUCGAGUAAAAGUUGCACCACAAUUUUUGGGGUUAAAAUCAAGUAUAAAGUAG